GCUCGAGUGCACGCGGGGCUUCGCAAAUGGCUUGUCCCGCUCUGGGUCUGGAAGCUCUUCAGCCUCUGCAGCCGGAGCCGCCCCCCGAGCCUGCUUUUUCGGAGGCGCAGAAGUGGAUCGAGCAAGUAACUGGCAGAAGUUUUGGUGAUAAAGAUUUUCGGACGGGGUUAGAAAAUGGAAUCCUUCUCUGCGAGUUGCUGAAUGCUAUAAAGCCAGGACUUGUUAAAAAGAUCAAUAGAUUGCCUACCCCCAUUGCGGGAUUGGACAAUAUCAUCUUGUUCUUAAGAGGUUGUAAAGAGCUUGGCCUUAGAGAAUCUCAACUUUUUGACCCUAGUGACCUACAGGAUACGUCCAACAGAGUAACAGUCAAGAGCCUUGAUUACAGUAGGAAACUGAAAAAUGUAUUAGUUACCAUUUAUUGGCUGGGAAAAGCAGCAAAUAGCUCUGCGUCCUAUAGCGGCACGACGCUGAACCUGAAGGAGUUCGAAGGCUUGCUGGCUCAGAUGAGAAAGGAGACCGACGACAUUGAGAGUCCUAAACGUAGUAUCCGAGACAGUGGCUACAUAGACUGCUGGGAUUCUGAGCGCAGCGACUCCCUGUCUCCCCCUCGCCACGGCAGAGAUGACUCCUUCGACAGCCUGGAUUCCUUCGGCUCCCGUUCCCGGCAGACCCCUUCACCAGAUGUAGUCCUCAGGGGAAGCAGCGAUGGGAGAGGAAGUGACUCUGAACCCGACUUGCCCCACCGGAAGCUGCCGGAUGUGAAGAAGGAUGACAUGUCUGCAAGGCGGACUUCCCAUGGUGAGCCGAAAUCAGCAGUGCCUUUUAACCAGUACCUCCCGAACAAAAGCAAUCAGACGGCCUACGUCCCCGCUCCUCUGAGGAAGAAGAAAGCAGAGCGAGAGGAAAAUCGGAAGAGCUGGAAUACUGCCACCUCCCCCCUCGGUGGGGAGAGGCCCUUCAGGAGCACGAGUAUGUUUGACAUGCGGUGUGAGGAGGAGGCCACGGUGCAGCCGCACAGCAGGGCCCGCCAGGAGCAGCUCCAGCUGAUAAAUAACCAGCUGCGGGAAGAGGACGACAAAUGGCAAGAUGACCUGGCUCGCUGGAAGAGCCGUAGAAGAAGUGCUUCUCAGGACUUAAUCAAGAAAGAGGAAGAAAGGAAGAAAAUGGAGAAGUUACUGGCUGGAGAGGACGGAACAAGUGAACGAAGGAAAAGCAUCAAAACCUACAGAGAAAUUGUUCAAGAAAAAGAGCGGCGAGAGAGGGAGUUGCAUGAAGCCUAUAAGAACGCAAGGUCCCAGGAAGAGGCAGAGGGGAUCCUUCAACAAUACAUCGAGCGGUUCACCAUCAGCGAGGCUGUUCUCGAACGCUUGGAGAUGCCAAAAAUUCUGGAAAGAAGCCAUUCCACAGAGCCAAAUUUAACCCCCUUCCUGAAUGACCCUAGCCCCAUGAAGUACCUGCGGCGACAGUCACUGCCCCCACCCAAGUUCACUGCCACUGUGGAGACCACCAUCACUCGGACCAGCGUUCUGGACACCAGCACGCCAGCAGGCAGCGGGUCUCCAAGCAAAACCGUCACCCCCAAAGCUGUGCCUAUGCUGACACCCAAGCCUUAUUCCCAGCCCAAAAACUCGCAAGAGGUUCUGAAGACCUUUAAGGUAGAUGGGAAAGUCAGCGUGAAUGGAGAAACAGUUCAUGGUGACAAAAUGGAGAAGGAGAAAGAAGGUCCCGCGGUGGCCCCUGCCCCCUCGUUAACCAAAUCCCAGAUGUUUGAAGGUGUGGCCAGAGUGCAUGGGUCCCUAGUGGAACUCAGACAAGGCAACAGGAGCAUUGAGAUCAGCAUAAAGAAGCCAAAUUCUGUUGCCCAAGAACUAAGAGCAGCCACUGAGGAAACUGAACAGAACAGUCAAGAGGAUGUAAAUGAUGGCGACAAACCACAGAAAGGGAGUACGGAACUUGCCCCAUCAGAGCCACAGCAUUUUACAACAACCGUGACGCGAUCCAGCCCAACCGUGCCCUUUGUGGAGUUUUCCUCCAGCGCCCCGCUGAAGAAUGAUGCGCCGGAAGAAAAAGACCAGAAGAAAGUGGAAGAUGAGAUGAGUGGAAAGGUGGAGUUGGUGCUGUCACAAAAGGUGGCAAAGCCAAAGUCACCAGAACCAGAAGCAACCCUGACGUAUCCAUUUCUGGACAAAAUGUCUGAAACCAACCAAUUACACUUGCCAAAUCUCUGUUCUCAAGAGUCCCCAGGCCCUGCCAGCAUCCCGCUGAGAGUUCAGAACUCUUGGCGACGUUCCCAGUUUUUCUCCCAGUCAGUGGAUUCUCCAGGCAGUGAAAAGUCACCUGUAACUACACCUCAGUUUAAGUUCUGGGCAUGGGACCCAGAAGAGGAGCGCCGGCGACAGGAAAAAUGGCAACAGGAGCAGGAACGUUUGCUUCAGGAGAGAUACCAGAAGGAACAGAACAAGCUAAAAGAAGAGUGGGAAAAAGCCCAGAAGGAGGUGGAAGAGGAGGAACGCAGAUACUAUGAGGAGGAGCGCAAAAUAAUUGAAGACACCGUGGUUCCAUUUACUCUUUCUUCAAGUUCUGCAGACCAGCUAUCUACAUCCUCCUCUGUGACCGAAGGCAGUGGGAAAAUGAAUAAGAUGGACUUGGAAAACGGUCGAGAGGAAGAACAAGAGACAAGACGGAGGAAGCCACUCCAGGGAGACAACAGUGAUUUAUUGCAUAACCCUCGGGAAGAUCCGCCACCAGAGGAAGUGGGCAGCCUAACUCAAGGGGCCUUGGCUCAUUCUAAGAAUCCUGUAUCGAAAGGAGGCCAUCAGGACCAACAGUUGGAUACACAAACUGGGGCCCUACACUGUGGGAUGAACUCACAGCUAGCUCAGGAUCCAUCCCAGAGUCAGCAGGUAUCAAACCCAUCGAUGCACAUUCUAGAAGAUGUGAAGCCAAAAACCCUCCCUUUGGAUAAAAACAUUAACCAUCAGAUCGAAUCUCCAGGUGAAAGACGGAAGAAAAGCCCUCGAGAGAAUUUCCAGGCUGGGCACUUGUCCCCCUGUUCCCCCACCCCUCCUGGCCAAUCACCAAACAGGUCUAUCAGCGGGAAGAAGCUGUGCUCGUCCUGUGGGCUCCCUCUGGGCAAAGGAGCCGCCAUGAUCAUCGAGACCCUCCAUCUCUAUUUCCACAUCCAGUGCUUUAGGUGUGGGAUUUGUAAAGGACAGCUUGGAGAUGCAGUGAGUGGGACGGAUGUUAGGAUUCGAAAUGGUCUUCUGAACUGUAAUGAUUGCUACAUGCGAUCCAGAAGUGCUGGCCAGCCCACAACAUUGUGACGUGCUUUUCAAGCUUCCAGGUCACUCACCUUUUCUUUCUGGAGGGUGUCCCCUGGCGACCAUUUCACCAAAUCCCAAGUGUGGGGGCUCCUUGGCGUUUACCUAAUUUCAGAAAGGCUGUUCUAAAAGACGGUAUCUGUUCUUCUGUAGCACAGUGUUUGCAUUCUUCCUGGUUUUCCGUUUCGGUUUUGAUUUUUGUUUUCUUUUGGUUUUGCAUUUGCACAGUAUAUACAAAUGAAUAAAUACAGUGUCAUGAUCCUGAAGUUCACACGAAGGUCUUACUGUGGGCCAACAGGCUUAUGGUUUCAAAUGGGUUCUUCUCUUCUCUGAGAGUUCCUGAGAUGAAUGAGGCAAUAAACUUGUUUCGUUGUAGUAUUUUUAGGAAUUAAACACUUCAUGUUUACAGAAUUGAGCUGCAGAAAGUGCAAGACAUGCCAAUUUGAGAUGUGUUGUCUUCUACAAUAGAAGCCUAGCAUUCAUGCAUUUCAGAAACUAAAAAUCACACCGUAGAGCUCUGAGCUAUAACUUGUUUUAACGCAGAGACGCUAGUCUGAUACUACAUACUGUAAUCCCGAGACAUCUCUUACUUACCUUUGGAGGUGGAAGUCCUACCAAUAAAUUAUUGCGCCGUUCGAUUUUGUGUGCUUUGGAAGUUCUGUCAUUUACAGAGGCUGGUCCGUUAAAUAAAGCGAACCCUUGCAGUAUCAGCUCGACUUACUCCAUGGGGACACUGCCCAAGGGUAGGAAGAAACCAUAGGGAAAUAUUUCAGUCAUCGUCUCCAAAGUUCUUACCAAAAUCUGUGAGGAAGUUUUAUCUCCAGAAGAGUGGUGAGUCAGUGAGAGCCGGGAGGGUUUUGGUGCUUGCUUCUUUUCAGGCUGUAGAUUGAAUAAGAGACUCCGUGUGAGGCCUUUGGAAGCUGUCACCAAGAUCAGUCCAUCAUGAAGUGUGACCCGGGCUCACCCUUGCCUACAAGUUCUUCUUGAGGGCCCGAAGGUGUCUAAAGCAAAGCAUUAAGACCCUCCUCCUAGAACCCAAUGACAUAUGUCGUCAUGAGCCACCAACGAGCGAUCAGCAAGAAGAACUUCCAACUCACAGUGCACCCGGCCCACUGCAGUGGACAUGUGCCCUCUCCCGUUCUCCUCGAUCACCAACCUUCUUGACUGUUGACAAUUCUAGAACUUUAGAGCGGAGCUCUUGUGGAGAGCUGGCCUCCUGUCUGCCCUGUGUGAUGAGUUUCCACUGGCCAAGAAAGGACUCCAGUUACUAAAAAGCAUCACGUUUUAGAUCUCCAGGCUGUUUUUCUUUAAGACUGGGGAAAGGGGAACUAUUUAUUCUGCCUUAAAAUGACGGCAAAUAAGUGAAGAUGACAUUUUGUGAAUGUAGACUAUGGAUAUACUCCUAAUAGGUUAAUGUAGUCAUACAAGGAGAUUAAGUAGAUGUUUUUCUGUUUAUGUAAGCAAUAAUUUUUUUUCCUGUGUCUUAUUGAGUAGGGCUAGCAAUUAUUUAUUUACAUGCUAGACUGUUCUCUGCAUGCAGGUUCCAUGUAAGUGCAGAAAUUCCCUCAGCCACUGGAGGUAAUUUGACCAUCUUGUCAUUUGGAAGAGCUGUUGUUAGAUUGGAAUUUACACAUCAUUUCAUUAAAAAAUUGUGCCUUAGAAAAUGCGAAGCUGUUGCACAUAGUCAGUGAUGAAUUCUGGAUACAGUAUGUUGAAGAGAGGUGAAGUCACUUCCAAGUCACGAAGACUUGUCGUGGAGGUGUUCGCUGUUUUACAGGAAAAAAAAAAAUUAAAAAAAAAGAAAAAGAAAAAUAGAAAAAAAAUUUAAAAGUUUUGAAAAUGUACAGAUUAAGUUCAAUAUUUUGAUUAACCACUUGCAUGUUUUAUUAAAUAUUUUGAUAAUGUGGAUGUUUACACUUUGCAUGAUAUUAGCAGAGUACUUUGCCACAAAUAAUGCACAAAACAUGUACAAUAUGAUCAUUCAUAACCGAUUUUUAUAGAAUACUUUUUACAUGUGUAACUCCAUCUGUUAUGUAAGGACUAUAUGAAUAAUGCACAUUCUCUUCUGGUUUCACAAACCCAUUUAUACAUAUUUCUUAGUGAGCCUCAUUGUACAUGUAUUGAAGCCUGAAUCCAGUCAAGAAAAAUAAAGCCCCAUUCUCCAGCUGCGAAAUGUGCUCUCCCAUAAUGAACAAUAGUCACCAGCACAGAAUAAUCUCCAACAUUUUCUAAAUUCUAAUUGCCAACUGUUUCUAUUUAUAUUUGAUUUCUAUUUCAUUUGGAGUCUGUUACAUGGCAUCUCAGGCAGACGAGAUCUUGUUUUUUCCAAUGCCGCAUAGCGAGUAUGAUCUAUUUCUUUUCAAAUAAUCUUUGAGAUCCGGGGGGGCGGGGAAGCUCUGCUCUGUUGAGCUACGAUGGAAAUGCGCUUGUUUAAAAAAAGCAGAUGAGGCAAGUGAGUGAUUUAUUGUUCUUGAGGAAAAAUACGAUUUUCCCCCUCAUGCUCCAAAUGAUAGUCCUUUCUCUUUCUUAAGAAAAAAUGAGUAACCCUUUGUUUUUCACUAACUAGCAAACCAUGUCAUUUCCUCAUUCUUUCUACGUAGUGUUAUUAAGGCAAGACCUAUUCUAGUUAUCUAUACACAGUGUAAGACGUAACAAACUGAAAUGAUCCACCUCGUAUGUGAGUCCGUCCGAAAGGUGUUACUGCUCUGGGUGGGCCAAUGUUCUCUAUCAGUUAUACUAACCUUCAUUUAAAAAUAUUUAUUCUAAAAUGCCUCUGAGAAAUAGUUAAAAAAAAAAAAGAAAAAUUAAAAGUUGUCUAAAAUGCAACAGCUUUUAUAGUAAAUGUACAUUUAUAAAUAAAAUACUCAAAUCAA